AUGUUUAAUUGUCCUAAAUGUGCUAAUGGCCCUCAAUUUGACUCUUUGCUGGGGUUAAAAUAUCAUUUAGAAAGUUAUCAUCCACAUGGCUAUCCUUCUUCUCCCCAAUAUGGUCAAGUUAUACCGUCUUCACAGUAUACACCCCCGAAUAAUCAUUCUCUACAGCAGACUUCACCUUCAAAUCUAUUAUCAUUAUUUCCAAACUCACCAACAUAUUACAGUAAUGAUACAAUAAAUGGAAAUAAGUUUGCUACAAAAGAUAGCGUUCAGCAACAUCAUGACACUGCAAUGUAUACUUCACCUUAUCGUAGACAUCAAGGUGAUGAUAUAGCAAAUGCUUCUAAUCUAACUCCAACGUCGUUGCCUACAAGCAAGCAAAUUCACUCCUUGCAAGGAUUUUAUCCUCUCCAUUUCGCCAGCAGCCCAUUUUUAGCAUCCAAAAUCUCAACUAAUCAUGCCUCUUCGCGAUCCGAUUUUAGUUAUCGUCAAUUCACUCCUUUAGAUGAUCAUCAAUACAAGCUCUCCAAUGUCCUCGAUAAGAGCAUGCAAUCUAAACAAGAACUGUUACAGCUACAAAAAGUAUUAGACCAACGUAAUUAUCAACUAGUAGAGAUGAAAGCUGAACUAAAAUUAGCAAAGUUAGAAAAGAAUCGACUAGAAAGUGAAAGAAGUUACAUGAAGGCAGAAAUUGAUGCAAAUGAAGCAGUUAUUAACAAAUUAGAGCACAAGUUAAGCCGGCGAGAAAGGGAAUUUCAAGAAUUGGAGAGAAAGACUACCUUUCGCAACGAUGUGGCUCAAGGAAGAAUUGUACCUGAAUCAACAUACCGAUAUUCAGCUUCUCCGUCUGUCGGUGGACCAAUGCAGCAAACUUUUCAAAGACAGAGUCGUCGUAGCAGUAUUAGAAGUUACAAGCAUGAUGAUAUUCAAGUAUCCAGCAAUAGUGGGGGCAAUAAUGAAGUUGCUACGCGAAAGAUAUCCCAUGAUCAAGGUUAUGCUCCAUUGGAUGAGUUAGUUCAUGCCGCCAUGACUAGUAGGAGGCAGUCCAGCGCAAGUAAACAGUAUCAAAGUGAUGGUGAUAGCUCAAGGAGAAAAACACCUACAUCAGAUGAGCAAGCACACCCAAAUCAGCUCACUAUGUCUCUUCCAAGUAGUAAUUAUGAAAUAAAUCAGCUAAAUGAUGAUCAAUCGACAGGCAGUUUAAUAAUGAGCGAAGUUAUGCUUAGAAGAAAUAUGUCAGCUGGUAGUAAAUCAGAAUUUGAUGGCUAUAUCGCAAGUCCGCACGGAACUCUUUCCUUACCUAUAGAAGACAUUGACGAUUUACCUUGCGAACUGGAUCCUCAAGCUGAAGUCAAUUUGGCGAGCCGCACAGGUUCAACUAGUGAACAUGUUAGUUUAAGACUAUCAAGACAUAACAGCAAUACUGGGAAGUCUCCAAGAGAUUCGUAUUUACCAAGGAACAUUCACAGGACGCCCAGUAAAGCCUCUAGUAUAUAUCGACAUGAAUCCAAUAGAUCAAAUCGAUCACAACGGGUAUCAUUUAGCAAGACAUUUUCCACUAGUCCUAGUUUACAACGGCAAAUUUUCCAUGGUGACACCAUCGGUAAAUUACUUGGCCGAUUUGGCCAAGAUCAAGUUACAUCCUCAUUUGUAGCUAUAUUUUCCUAUCUUGGGAUUAAGGAUAAAUUAAAGGUUUCAGAAGUUUGCCGCUUUUGGUGGACAGUUAGUCGUCAUCCCUCUUUAUGGUCAAAAAUUCACUUAAGAAAAACUCGCGUUUCUUUUGAGGCAUUUGUAGCGAUGAGUAAUUGGGCAACACAGUUGGAAACUCUAACAGUCGAAGAUAUUAAGCCUAGACGUCGAUUAGUUGAUGAAGAAGAAAAUGAUUACAAAAAAGCUAUGACAGGGUCUCUUGAGAAAGGGCUGAGUAAGUUAUUAAAAGCUUCACGAGGAAAUAUAAUAUCCAUCAAAAUUAUUAAUUGUGGUCAUUUAGUGACUUCAAAGGAUCUACUAUGGACAUUUGGCAGUACUUGCAAAGAUAUUAUCGAUUUAGCUAUACUACCCCAUCCAUCAAGUGCAAAUGCUGAACAAUUCAAUAAUUCAUGCCUUCAUGUUAUUGGUAAAAGUUGGCUUCAAUUAUCUUCGCUCAAGAUCGGCAGUCCAACAAUAUCAGACAGAGGAUUGAUAGCAAUUGCUGUCGAAUGUAAGAAACUAAAGCAUUUACGGUUAGAUCGCUCAAUGGAACUGUCAUCAGAAGUUGCUGAACAAAUGUGCAAUUUUGGAUUAAAGAGUAUUGAGCAAAUUGAAUUUACCAAUACACCAAUUUCUCAUGAAGCUAUUCGUCAUUUUGCAGAAAAAUGUGGUAAGAUUAAAGCGAUCUUGAUCCAAUUAUCUAUCGAAGACUUCUUCGAAGACAUCCACGAAAGUGUCUUUAUCGAAGAAUAUAAUAACAUUAUCGAUAAUCUUUUGGUCAUGAAACGAGAAUUUAUUGACAGUAAACAAAUUAUUAUUAAAGCGGAAAAAGUGCCAUUACUUACUCCUUAUCAGUAA